AUGGUCGAAACCGAGCCCGCUUUAAAAAUCAUGAUCCUUCCUAAGACCUACGAGGAAGAAAGGCAGUCUGGCCAAAUUCAAUGUUCACAAAAGGCUAUUAUACAACAAGUUGACAGAAGAUGGCACAUCCGGGUAACCUGCUGUGAAUUGGCAGGACUCGAAAAAAGGAUUGAGAGGCGUGAUGCACUUCGACGAAUAAUAAAAGCCACCAAUUUUGUGUCUCUGAAUUUAUUAAAAGACACAGUGACACAAAUACGCAUUACACACUGCCCGAGUCUGCGCCCCCUUCAUUCGGAACAAACUCUCCAUUACGAGACGUCGGAGGAUCAGCGUCGCAUUCGUUAUCCAUUCACCUCUCUCUACAGUAUCGAACAUGGAUUGAUUGAAAUCAGAUCUCCGUCAUUACCUACUUUCCGAUGUAGAUCUUUACCUGCUAUUGCUGUCGAAAAGGUCCAAGAGUUGGAUGACAUAAAUGGACAAGUUUUCCGUGUUCGAAUUGAGGGAAAAGAUGGCGACUAUAUCCAUAAAACACUGGAUAGACCUUGGUACGAACCUUCCGAUACGAUAGCUUUUGAACAUGAGAUGCAAAACUCCUUACUACUUCGCGGUAUUCCAAACAUUGGACAAAUCAUAGGAGUUACUGUUGGGAAAAACAUAUAUCAAACCACACAAGACAGCGAGACUCCCGAGGUGAUACACGGAAUGCUAUUCAAAUACUACCCCGGCGGCACAAUUAAACAAUUACAACAGAACAAUCAGAAGCUGGAAUCAUGGAGGAAAUGGCCGUUGCAAAUUUCCCAUGCGCUACGUGAGCUACAUAAAAGUGGGCUUGCUCACAUGGAUAUCAAACCCUCAAAUAUUGUGUUGGACAAGGAAAAUAACGCUGUAAUAAUUGAUCUCGGUGGUCAAUCUAUCACAUAUGAAUGGCUUGCCCCUGAGUUGCGCGAAAAGGAAAAUGUUCUUAUGUCUUGUUUCGAAGACAAAGUGCGUGGUGAACUGUGGACACUUGGAAAAUUGUUUUCCGAGCUUAUUAUAUAUAAUACCGGCGGCUUAGAAAACGACUACCUAAGCUAUAUAUCAAAUCAGCUCAUGCACGAUGAUCCAACGUCACGGAUUUCACUCGACCUAAUCCAUAACAGCAAGUCAGGCUUCAUCCCAGUCGAUCUCGUCAUCAUCAAAGUCACCAUCGGUAAUAUUCCCUUCACAAUGUUAGGAUAUUGA